AUCGAUGUCACAUUUAUGUCGAUGAUAAAAAAUUCUGCAAUGGCAGGCAGCUCGAAAGCAAAGGCGAUGUUUUGUAACAUAAUGUUUUCAAGAUAGCUAGACUUCCCUGGGAACUUUCCCACAUUAAUUGUUACUUUCUACAGUUAUCUGCUGUUAAAAUAUUUUUUUAAUAAUUUUGCAUUUGAUGGCAAUAUUUUAUGUUUUUGGGGUAGUUGGGGCAUGGAUGCUCUUGACCACAUGCUGACUGACCCCCUGGACCCCGGGGUGGGUAGCGACGGCCGCAUCAUGGAGGAGUGUCUGCUGGGGAACAGCCGAGUCAGCCUGCCGGAGGAUCUUCUGGAGGAUCCUGAGAUUUUCUUCUCCGUCCUGAGUGAGAGCACAUGGUCUAAUGUUUUGACGGAUCCCCAACGGCAGCGUCUUCGUCAGUUUCUUCCUCAAUUCCCUGACAACUGUGCCGCUCAGCAGGACAGUGUCAUCAGUGACCUUUUUAAUAAUAAGAACUUCCGCUUUGGAAACCCGUUGCACCUAGCACAGAAACUCUUCAGAGAUGGCUAUUUUAAUCCAGAGGUGGUAAGAUACCGGCAGCUCUGUGCCAAGUCCCAAAAGAAGAGGCAUCUCUACUCUCUGCAGCAGUAUUACCACAGGUUACUGAAACAGAUCCUCAUCUCCAGGAAGGAGCUGUUGGAGCAGGCUAGUCGUAGCGGCCCUGAUCUUGCGAUGAAGCGAAGAUAUCCCUCCCCGUCUCGUGGCGAGGCCCAGGAGCUGCGGGCCAGGCGGCGGUUUUACCGAAUAUUGAGGGAGGUGAAGAGCGAGUGUGGCGAUGGCACCUUGUCUUCUGAUGAUGAAGAUAUGGGCUCAUGGUCACCAGCUCCCCAAUCUCCCUCAUCCCCAACUCCCACAGUUUCCCUUAGAGUUCUUCCAACCCUCUCAACCCAAGACAUGAAGACCACAGAGAAGCUAGAGCUGAGGGAGAAGGACCUCAGGGGCCUACUAAGGAGGCACAGAGAGAAGCGAAGACGGCAGCCGGAUCACCCUGACCUAAUGACUGUGGACCUUCAUCUCGGUGACAUCAUGUCCAGGGUGAACAUAGGCAGGAAAGGCUCCAUAGCGGCGUUGUUUGAUCUAGCCGUGCCCAAGAAGAAAUUAAGGGAGGAGAAGAGAAAGAAGAAGAUCCGCACCAUUAAAAUGGAACCAGAGGAGCCAUGUGAUGUGCUGAUGCCUUCUGAGGGCCCCCCCCCGAGUCACACCGCUGCUGCCGCCAUUCCAGAGGCCCCUCUCCACCCCCCCGGGGUCAAAGAAGAACCUUUGGAAGAUGCGCAGGAUAGCCCUGCUGUGGUGGAGGAGAUCGCCGUCAGCUACUUCAACCUGCUGGAGGAGAUCCUGAAGAUGGAGGGCCAGGCUACCACCAGCAUGCUGGAAGAGAAAGUACAGCAAUGGCAAGUUUUGCCAGCCAGCACGCUCAACCCCUGGUUCUCAACUGCCCCCUGCUGGUCGGAGUUGGUUCUGCCCGCCCUUCAGUUUCUGGCAGGAGAAAGCAGAGCAGGUGUGAUGACCCUCCCCAGUGGCUUCUCCCCCCUUGUGGAGUUCAGGGAGCGAACGCAGCAGUGGAGGUGGAUGAGCCCCACCUCAGACGGCGAGAAGGACUUGAGUGCUCUUUGCCAGCUCUGGCUUGAAAACAAGGACCAGGUGGUUGUCAAGCAGGAGAGUGAGGAACCCGCCGAGCUGACCCCCCCCACACCCAGAGUGUGGACGGACUACGUAGUGAGGCCAAGCACUGGGGAGGAGAGACGCGUCUUUCAGGAGCAGGAGCAGCAGCGCUAUGACCAGCCGCACAAGGCAUUCACAUUCCGCAUGCAUGGCUUCGAGUCGGUGGUGGGGCCCGUCAAGGGGGUCUUCGACAAGGAGACAUCUCUCAAUAAGGCCCGCGAGCACUCCCUGUUGCGCUCAGACCGUCCGGCCUACGUGACCAUCCUGUCACUUGUGCGGGACGCAGCCGCCAGGCUUCCCAACGGGGAGGGCACUCGGGCCGAGAUCUGCGAGCUGCUGAAAGAUUCCCAGUUCCUCGCCCCUGAUGUCACCAGCGCUCAGGUCAACACAGUAGUGAGCGGCGCCCUUGAUCGGCUGCACUACGAGAAGGAUCCCUGCGUCAAGUAUGACAUCGGCCGCAAGCUGUGGAUCUACCUGCACCGCAACCGGAGCCAGGAGGAGUUUGAGCGGAUCCACCAAGCGCAGGCAGCGGCCGCCAAAGCGAAGAAAGCCCUGCAGCAGAAGCCCAAACCUGCGCCCAAGCCGAAGUCCAGUAAUAAGGAGGGGGGUGGCAAGGUGCCUGGGACCAGCGAGCCAGGCCAGGUGGUUCUGCCUGAUGGGGGGGCCGUACCUUCAGUCAGUCUCCCUCCCACCCCUACAACGCCAACGCCCAGCACCCCGGGCACCCCCAAAUCGCCCCUGGCCCCCACGGCCGGCACGCCCACCAAAACGGGAGUCCCUGACGCGGUCAGGCAAAGCCCCAGUGUCCUCCUGGUGUCCCCACCAUCCAUCCCGCAGCUGGGCACUCUCCUGUCCGCUGGCCAGUCCGCACAGCAGGCUCCGCAGGCCGCUGGGCCGCAGCCGGCAGCUCGAGUAGUGGCCCACCCAGGGCCGGGCUCCCUCUCGCAGGUGCGGGUGGUCACCACACAGCCCACCCUCAGCGCCUCCGCUGGGAGCCCUCAGGCCACGCUGGUGCAUCCUGGUCAGCACCAGAUCCGCGUGCCAGUCACCAUGACGCAUACGAAGGGGCUAGCGCAGGCUGUGGUGACCCUGCCCCUCCGAACGACCUCUAGUGGCAGCCCAGUGCAGGUGCAGGCAGCCCGUACCCAGGCAGGCCUCACUGUCACAGGCCUGGCCUCCGCCAUCGCCGUCAGCAAACCCCAGAGCAGCGCCCCCGGCAGUCCAGCCCACAGCACCUCGCCUGCCGCCGUCCUGCAAGGCGUCAACAGCCAGAACAUCAUCAAGCAGGUGGCCAUCACCAGCCAGCUGGGCGUCAAGCCUCAGGGCGGCGCCGGGAUUCCCCUGGCAGCCACCAACCUGCGCAUCCAAGGCAAAGACGUGCUGCGGCUGCCCCCCUCCUCCAUCACCACCGACGCCAAGGGCCAGACGGUGCUGCGCAUCACGCCGGACAUGAUGGCUACCCUCACCAAGUCGCCCGUCACCACCGUCAAGCUCACGCCCGACAUGCUGAGCGCCGCCGCGGGGGGGGGCAAGGGCAUCUCCCUGCACGUGGCCCCCUCGCACCCAUCGCCGCCGUCUUCCUCCACCCCCGCAGCCCCCCCCACUGACCUGCAGGCCAUCAAAGGGGGUCCCUCCUUGGUGAAGGUGCACCCCGAGCUGAAGGCGGGGGGGGACACGGCCAUCCGCCUGAUGCCGGCCCUCGCCGUCACGGUGGCUGACCAGAAGGGGCGGGGCUUCUCCACCGUCUCCUCCGACUCCAAGCCGGCCACCACCAUCCGCAUCAUGCCCGGCCUGGGCGUCAUCCCGCAGAAGCAGGGCCAGACCAUCGCCGUGACGACAACCACCACCGGCACCAAGCCGCCCAUGGUCACGUCUGGGGCUGCCACUGUCACUAUAGCGACCAGCGGGAUGGCCGGCGCCAAGGGUCUGACUAUGGGUCCGGCUGCGGGGGGGUCGCCCAUCUCCAUUGGCGCAGGCACUGCCACCGUUCGACAGGUGCCUGUAGGUGGCGCUGUGGUGUCCACUCAGGCGGGCAAGCUGCCUGCACGUAUCACGGUCCCCCUGUCUGUCUUGAGCCAGCCACUGAAGAGCAAGAGUGUGGUCACCACCCCCAUCAUAAAAGGCAACAUCAGCACCAACAUCAGCAGCCUGGGCAGGAACAUUAUCCUGACCACCAUGCCAGCGGGUGCCAAGCUCAUAGCCGGGAACAAGCCAGUCAGCUUUGUGACUGCGCAGCAGCUGCAGCAGCUGCAGCAGCAGGGGCAGGCCACGCAGGUGCGCAUUCAGACCGUUCCUGCACAGCAGCUGCAGCAAGGUGCCGCUGGCAGCUCCUCAAAGGCCCUGUCCACUGUCGUCGUCACCACUGCGCCGUCCCCAAAAAGGACGCCCGACCCCCAGUGAAAUGCGGAGACGCAACACAUGUGGCCACUAGAGGGCGACAGCGCGUGCCGCAGCAUGGCGUGCGCAGGAGGGCGGCUGCCAGGCUGGGAUGAUCUGCGACCGCAGACACGCAGCUGCGAAUCCCGCUCCAGCUGCCCGUCCAGUGUUUAGCUCGGCUCACUGGAGAGGACCUUCAGUUCAACACCUGCUUUACGAUAAAAGCAUCUUCCAUACUGGAGCAAAGGACUUUUUGUACAGUUUGGUUAUGUUUCUGUACUGUAUAGCAGUCUUUUGUUUGUUUUUGUUUGCUUUUCUUGUUAGAAAAAGAAAAAAUAUUUGGGCUGACAUCAGAACACUUAUUAUGGUGUCAUCUCCUAGAUAGAAAGACCUCAGUUCUUCUGUAGAAUUCAUAAAUGCAUUUCCUCAUUAACCGGGUUCCUGUGAAUGAUGUAAGGAUAGUGUCCCAUUUCAGUAAAGAGAAAACAGAGGAUACUUACCAACAGUCAUACUUUGGAUAAAGAUGUAAGCUCUAAUUGAGAUUAAAUUUUGUCAGGAAUAAAUAACUGACAAAUGACAUAAUGAAAGGUUCACAAACAAAAAGAAUUGAGGUUUUAAGCUAUAAUAUAUUGUCAGCUGGGGUAUGUUGUACUGAACCAGUCACUAUUUGACUCUGUAUAGCUGUGUAAUAAUUUUUUUUCCCCCGGCAUUUUUUUUGCACCUCACUUUUAAAUAAAUAUGAAAGGACAGAUUUUUGAGUGUUUUUUUUUUUUGUUCUUUUUAACCUUAAUCUUGUUUUAUGGCAUGUCUGCUGAAAAAGUUGUUUGCUAUGUUAGUAAGGUGAGAAGAAACAAUGCAGUACAAUGCAGACCAGUAAUGUCCCUGAGUCCAUAGUUACAAACCCAGUGGUUCUCUUUUCUACAUGUUUUCAAGCACAGUUUCUAUACAUCUAUGCAAAUUGCACCUCUGAUUUGCAGUCACUGCAUAUACCAUGAAACAUGCUGAAAUGUGUAAAAUUGCUUCUCUAGACCAGAAUAAUGCUCCUUUAUCUUACGUGAAAUUUUAACGUGCUUUUUAGCGACGUGUUAUGCAAUAAGCACAGUGUGAUCCAUCUCUCCAGGGUCACAGCAAGAGUUACGUGUCGCCUAUUUACUUUUAUAGUCACGUUGUUUCUGCUUCUGCACUGUAUUCAUAAAAAUACAAAUCCGGUCCUUCCCGUUUUAUGGCUGCGGCCUGACGAAAGCUUAACCUUGAAACAAUACAGGCACCCUGUCAGUU